AUGGACACGCUGUGGAGCUACGUAGCUCCUGCCACGACGACCGCGACCUCGCCUGUUGCUGCUCCACCUCCCGCCGCUCCUCCCCCUCCUCCGUCCUCGGGCGACCCGCUGUUCGACUGGGCAGUCAUCGUGACCGGCUGCGCAUCCGGGAUUGGGAGGGCCGUCGCGCUGCUCUUGGCGGAGAAGGGUGCUCGUCUGGCUUUGACGGACAAGGACGCAGACGAGGGACGGCGAUUAUGCGGUGAGAUCAAGGAGAGGUAUCCGAAUGUUGACCUGGCGUAUGCGACGCUCGACGUGACCGACGAAGAAGCGGUCGGCAGGCUAGUUCGGUCGUUCAAGAAGAGCUUUAAGCGGUUAGACGGACUCGUAAAUUGCGCAGGCGUCAACCUGCUGUCUCCCGGAGUCCACCAGGUCAAGGUCGAUCUGUGGAGUCAGACGAUGGACGUCAACGCGCGAGGCACCUUCGCCUUCUGCAAGCACUUCGCCGCCAUGGUCAUUGCGGACGAAGAGGUUGCGGAUCCUCCGAAGGGCGGUUAUGCGGUCGUAAACAUCGGCAGCAAUGCGAGCGUAAUGGGCUUGCCGAACAGCUCAGCUUACUGCGCUUCGAAACACGCGGUGCUCGGGAUGUCGAGGGCUAUGGCGAAGGAGUACGCUCAGCGGGAUAUCCGGGUCAACGUCGUCGCGCCAGGCCCUAUCGACACGCCUCUGCUACACAACCUCUUCGACGCAUCGAACAUGUCGCUCGACGACGCUCUCGAGCAAGUCCCGAUGCACCGCGUCGGGCAGCCCGAAGAAGUCGCCAAAGCGGUCGCAUUCCUUCUUUCCAGCGACUCCAGCUACAUCACGGGCGCAUGUUUGCCGGUCGACGGCGGCUGGACCGCCUAA